AAACACCAGCAAAUCAAUUGGAGGUGCAAUCAAAUUAAUGAAAGAUGAGGAUUAAGAAAUUGAAUAUAUCUACAGAGUAUAAGCAGAAUUAUCUGCCUGUACAAUCGAGGAAAAGUGCCUCCUUCCACCCCCUCCCUCAGCAAGCUGUAGAUGCGGCAGGGAGGGAGUCAACCAAGCUAGGUAUAACCAUGGAGCCAGCCUUACAAAGGAAGAAGCACUGCCCCGGCCCCCCUACAACCCUGAGUACUGACUUCAAUCAGUUCCCGGACUCUGCAUCAGAUGACUUUGCCCUGCUGGGAAGAAAUGAUAAGUUCUCGGAGAAUGUCCAAUACAAAUCUAAAGGCCGGCAUAGUCACCAAGCCAGAGAAGCAUCCCCACCCAAACAACAAAAAUUACAGGAAAAGGAAAACUUGAGAAAAACUGUCAAAGAAACACCAGCCCCAUUUGUGGAUACCUCUAAAUUCCGGCAGCGAUCCAAGUUAGAGGACCAGCCCAGGAAACCGAGGGCUGAAGAUCCCCCCAGCACGCCCCUGACCCCGAGGAAGGAAAAGAAUGAGCACUCCAGUCUAGUGAAGGAAGUAGCCCUAAAAGACAAAGAGGCAGCAUUGAGAGAAAAAUUCAUCAAACUAGACAAAGAAGCUGAGAGGAAGAAGCCACGUAGUCAGCUUAAAGAGACCAGGAAGGACUUCAGUAAAACUAUUGACCAGAACAAGAUGGAGUCGGCCGUGAAGGCCUGGGCUAAGGACAAAGAUGUGGGGGCCAUGAAUGAGUUUGCUCAGACAAACCUUGAUAAAGGGGUUGGUUAUUCUGCACCAGAAGCUCCGGCCGAUUACUCACUGAGGUACAAAACAGGAGUUACAGUCCCCCGACAACGUCGACACAAAUUCUCGGAGUACCAGAAGGCCUUCAGCUGGAAGGACGGGUCUAAAGCUUCACCAGUGCUGGCUGCUGAACAGGCGGUUGUAGCAUCUGAGAGUAAAAAUAAGGUUGUAUACAACAGUAAUCCUGCGCUGAUCCCUCCUAAGAAGACCUUUGUCAAGGACAGCGAGUACGCGGCUCAGUUCAAAGAGUACAACAGUGUACCUGUCAGCAGCGAUGACCUCAAGGCCAUCCCAAGGACAGAGAAACAAAGGUCAAAGGUCAGAAGAAGUAAAAGCACUGGAUCACUGCGGGUGGACAAGAGACCCCCUGCUGGUAGUAGUCCAGUUAUUUCCCCUGACAACAAAAGACAGACCAUCGAAUCUGAGCUACAGGGUGAACCAAAAGAGGUUCCUAGUCCUCUACCACUUAACCAAGGAAAACUCAA